GUCUUGCUAAUUUUCAUAGUGCUGCUAAGAUAGUGGUUUACUUUGGUGGGGAAUUUUUCCAAAAAACACAGCAUCUGCUGAUCAGAGCUGCAAAUCUAUGCUGUAAAAAUGGCAAAUACAGUCCAUAUCAGAAACAGAAAAACAGAAAAAGAUAUAUUAGGAUCUGUGAAUGAUCUGUGUGUUACUUUUUAUACCGUGUUUUUUUUUAUUAAUGUCAAAAUACUUCAUAGCAAGUACAAACUAUACAAUAUCAAGAACAACAGAGGACAAAAUAUAAAAAAUAAUACAAGGGACAACAUAAAAUAAAUUAAUACACAAAUUUUAUUUUUUAUUGCAGUUUUUGACUUUGAUUUUUUUAAAUGUCCAUCAAAGACAAAACGUAAGAAUUAUAAUCAACCAGAAAAAUUGACAGUAGUGGAUUCUUACCCAAAUAUUUACAUUUGUGAAUAAAAAAACAACAAAAAAGUAUAAUAAAAAGAUUAACAAUAUAUUGAAUAUGGGAGAUAUAAUAAAAGAACAUGACUUUUUUUUUUUUUCUAAAAAGAGAUAAGUAUAACUCAUCCCAAAAAAAAAUUAACACAAACACAGAAAACAUACAACUGUGUCUUCUGUAUCACAGACACAUUUUUUACGCAGAGUUGUUUAUUUCAAUUCUCCUCCGGGUUUUGGGCUAUUAUACUCCGACCACUAGAAGGCAGUAUGAACUCUUAAGAAGUUAUUCGCUAUUAAACAACAGCAACAACAAGAAGAAGGUAGUAUGACCAAUACGCUGCAGAAAUCACACACAUGAGACGAAAUGUUUGCAGUACUAAAGUAUGUACGUACCGCUUUCGUAAGAAACACUCUUGCAAAAAUGCACUUCACUACUUCCGGAGUCAACAUUAGGCUUUUGCCCAGUCAUAAGUGCAGCUUUGAAGACCCAGUGCACGUCACCGUGAGUGGCUUAAAUCCACAACAACGCGUGGAUCUGCGCUCUAAACUCACUGAUGAUACCGGACGAGUGUUCCAGGCUUCGGCCACCUACCAAGCAGACGGCAGUGGUCAAGUUGACCUCAACCGGGACCCUUCUCUUGGAGGCAGCUUUACCGGAGUUGAACCAAUGGGCUUAUUCUGGGCACUGAAAUCAGACACUGUAGCCUGCAGGUUUACAUUAACAGACGUGACCCGUCCUGCUCUCUUUGACAUUGAGGUUGUCAGUGACGAUAAAGUCAUCGCCAAAGUGACAAACGAAAGACACUGCUUGGCCGAUGGUGUCCGGAGAAUUCCCGUAACCGAAGGCAGGAUCAGAGGAACUCUUUUUAUGCCACCCGGUAAAGGGCCAUUUCCUGGGAUUUUGGAUACAUAUGUGUUUAGAGGAGGUCCUUUUGAGUUGAGGGCAGCUCUGCUGGCAAAAAGAGGCUUUGCUGUUUUAGCCUUGGCUUUCCAAGGUUACCAAGAUUUACCCAAAAGAGCUGACAAAUUUCACCUUGAGUACUUUGAAGAAGGUAUAGAUUUCCUACGGCAACAACCAGAGGUCAAAGACCAAAAAAUUGGCCUAGUGUCCAUAUCAAAGAGCGGAGAUCUUGCUUUGUCGAUGGCAACAUUCCUUCCUGGUAUAUCGGCUACUGUUUGGAUCAAUGGAUGCAAUGCCAAUACUUUGGUUCCUAUCUACUACAAAGACAUCUGUGUUCCACCACUCUUGUUCGAUGUAAACAGAAUAAAAAUGACACCGUUGGGCUUCGCUGAUAUUGGGGAUGCUAUGAAUGACCCGAUGUCAGAAGAAGGCCUUCCUAGCGUUAUUCCUAUUGAACGUGCCCCGGGUAGUUUCAUGUUUAUAAUGUCAGAAGCUGACAGGAAUUGGCAAAGUGCCUAUUACGCAAGACUAGCAUGCGACAGGCUCAAAUCGCACGGGAAGAAUAACUACGAGCUGGUGAGGUAUGAAAACGCUGGUCACUUUAUCGAGGUGCCCUAUAUGCCCUUUUGUCUCGCUAAUUUUCAUGGUGUUGCUAACCAAGUGGUUUGCUUUGGCGGGGAACCUAAGGCCCAUUCAGAGGCACAGCUGGAUGCAUGGAAAAGGAUUGUUAAUUUUUUCAAAAAUCACUUAGCAUCUGCUGAUCGGAGCUGCAAAUCUAUGCUGUAAGACAAAAUGGCAUAUACAAUUCAUAUCAUAAUCGUGAUAUCCAGUUAGCUUCAUUUCUGAAGUAAUUGUCAAGUAUUUGAAACAAAUGUAAUAAUAAUGAAAUAAGCAUAAGUGUAUGAUUUGCUUCAAAAUCAAGGUUUAUAUCAUUCAUACAGAGUAUGGAGAAAUUGUUUGAACUUAUUAGGAUAAUUAUGUUUCAUUAUCAAAUAUUAUGACAUUUGGGAUCAGUAAAUUAUUUUAUAAUAUAGUGAAAUAGCUGUAUUAUAUUUAAAUGUGUUUUAAAAUGUAAUAUUCCUGUGAUGCCAAUGCUGAAUUAACACUUGCUGAAUAAAAGUAUUAAUUUCUUUUAAAUAAAAGUGAAUGAACGGUAGUACACUUUCACUGCUGUGCCGCAUUAUAACUUAGCACUAAUUUUUAGUCAGUCAAAUCAAAUGGACUGAAAUUUUUGUAGUUGUGAGCAUUCUCUCUGUCAGUAUCUCUGCAUUAGGUCUGUUUUAUUGUACAACCUCUGGUGCCUUCAUAUAAAAGAUGCCUUGAUGAAAUUAUCAGCCUUAGCGGAAGGGAAAUACACGUUGUUUUCCUCUUCAAUCUUUGAAUUUCCAAAGAAUGUUUAUGUCUAGACAUUGUGUCUGUAAGUGAGUUACUGUAUGUAUCUUACACUUUUAUGUCUUACCCUGAGCGAUAUCUUGACAUUAUGUGUGUGAUUUUAUGUUGUUAAUUAUUUUUUAAUAAAUAUAAUUUUCAUUUAGAUGUAUUGGAAUAUGCAACAACAUCCAAAAUAUGAUUAUUAGGAAGCCAGUAAUCCAAAUUAAUCAUUCUGUGCAACAACAAUUAUAAACAUUACCAUUGUAUUUAGCAAUUUUUAACCCUCAAGAUGUUUGAAAGAAUUCCAUACAAUCAAAGUCAAUAGGGUUUACAAAAUAUCUGCUUUUGUAUUAUAGAGAAAAAUAGUUGUGUGGGUUUUGAAUAACAUGAAAGUGAGUAAAUUGAAUUGUCCCUUUAA